CUCUCUCUUUUUUUUUUUUUUAAAAGGAGAUCUUUCUUUAAAAUCUUCAGGGGCAGAAUUGAGUCUGAGAAAUCUUCCCACAUUUGUCACUGAAAAGGGAAAUGAGAAUUAGGUGCAUCUCUGGAAAUCAAUUUGUGUUCUGCGAGAGUUUUUACAGGAUGGAAAGCAACCCAAAGUUGGCUCUCAAAGGGAUUUCCUUAUAAGUGCUGUACUUCUUCUCCAGGUGACUGAGGCUGAAUCACCAAGACACAAACGGAAAGCCUCUAAGGAGGAGGGGCAAGAAGCCAAAAGAUUUAUAUGUCCUCAUGAUGGAUGCAACCUCAGCCUCACUGGCCAAGCUGUAAGCUUCACCUGGAAAAAGCAAAAAGGAUGCUUCCAAAUCAAAGGGACACAAGAACGGUAAGCAGCAAGAUCAAAAAAAAAAAAAACUUGCUAAAAGAACUGAAGAGAAUCCAUUCUCAUUACAAAUUACAUAUAAUUUCUGAGGAUUACUACUUAUGUACACUUGGACAAUUCUGGGUUUAAAAUGGACUUUCUCAGUACAGCUAAUGUUGAAUUCUGCUUGGAUGUUUUUAAAGAACUGAGCAGGCACAAUGUUGAGGACAAUGUCUUCUUUUCCCCUAUGAGUUUGUUCUAUGCCCUGAGUAUGCUUUUGCUGGGUGCCCGAGGCAACAGUGCAGCACAAAUGGGACAGGUGUUACACUUUGGUUAUAUGAAAGGAUCAUCAAAUCCAGAGCUUGGGAAAUCUUCUAAGUGUGGCAUAACUGGAGGGAUACAUUCAGAGUUUCCAGCACUAUUCUCCCGGAUCAGCCAGUCGGAUAGUAAUUACACACUCAGUAUCGCCAACAAACUCUAUGGGACAAAGAACAUUGAAUUCCAUCCACAAUAUUUAAGUUGUUCAGAAAAGUUCUACCAAUCCAAGCUGCAGACUGUAGAUUUCCAGCAUGCUCCAGAGGAAACCAGGAAAACGAUUAAUGCCUGGGUUGAAAGUAAGACCAAUGGAAAAAUCAAGAACCUGUUUAUUAAAGGAACAAUUGACACUUCUUCUGUCAUGGUCCUGGUGAAUGCUAUCUACUUUAAAGGACAGUGGCAGAGUAAAUUUCAGGAAGAGGAGACGAUUAAAAUGCCCUUUAAACUAAGAAAGGGUCGGACUGUACCUGUGCAAAUGAUGCAUCAAAUUGGAACAUUUAAAGUGGCUCUCAUAAAAGAACCUCAGAUGCAAGUCCUUGAGCUUCCAUAUGCUAGUGGAGAUCUAAGCAUGAUUAUACUUCUUCCAAAACACACAGAACAGGUAGAACAGAUUGAGAAGCAACUCAACUUGAAGACAUUCAAAGAGUGGACCAAUUCUUUCAUGAUAGAGAAAGAAGUUGAGGUUCUACUUCCCCGAUUCAAACUUGGAAUUAAAUAUGAGCUAAAUUCUCUGUUAAAAACACUAGGGAUGACAGAUGUUUUUGACCAUUCAAAAGCUGACCUUUCUGGACUAUCUCCAAGUAGCAACUUAUAUUUAUCAAAAGUUGUCCAUGAAUCCUUUGUAGAUGUUAAUGAAGAGGGCACAGAGGCAUCUGCUGCAACUGGGGAUGUUAUUGUUGUAAAGAGGCUUCCUGUUCGCAUCAUGUUUGUGGCUGAUCACCCUUUUCUUUUCUUCAUAAAACACAUUAGUACCAACACAAUUCUCUUCUGUGGCAGGUUCUCCUCUCCAUAAACAGGGGGGUGGUGGUGGUGUUAGUCAGGGCUAGAUGUAUUGAAAAGCCAUAAAGGUAAUUAACAUGGUUCUACCACAUGGAGAGAAAAUCACAAGAUUAUAUAAAGCAGCAUUUGUAUAUCAACUUUUUUUUUCAUUCCCUUCUCUUGGUCUUUACAUGACAACCUCCAAUAGUGACAUUGUCAAAGUAAUAAAGACAAUUUAAAGAGUUAGUCUUUCUCAGUUGGACAUCUUGAUGAGAUAUUGCAUAAAUCAAAAUAACUAUAAACCACAUUCCUGCAGAGAACCACAAAAACUUAACUCUGUUCCAGAAAAAAAUCAUUAAGUACCUAACUAUGUUCCAGGUAUUGUUCUGGGUAUUGGGGAUACAAAGGUGAAAUUGCUUACAUUCUUCUUUCAAUGCAAGCUAGCAGGGAGUUUGAGUUUUGGAAAUCUCCUUUUGAUGUUGGCAUUCAUGUGUAAAGAUGACAUUAUUUUGGUUCAAAAAUGUCGUGCUGAUUAUUAAUAAAAGAAUGAACUAAGUCUUAACUCCUUUGAUAACGUUUAAUUCCUGGAAGAAUUAAAUAUA